AGAAGCUUGUAAUAAAUGCCUAUAAACAUUUCCGGUGUUGGGUGCCCGAGAAGACGCACAAAAAUGGCACCGUGUAAGGGUAAGGAGAAGAAGGAAGAGCAGGUCAUCAGCUUGGGACCGCAGGUUGCCGAAGGGAAAAAUAUGUUUGGCAUCUACCAUAUCUUCACUUCCUUCAGUGACACUUGUGUCCCUGUAGCUGAUCUCUCUGGCAAGGAACCUAUCUGCCGAGUGACUGGUGGUAUGAAGGUGAAGGCCGACAGAGACAAGUCUUCACCCAUGGCUGCUAUGUUGGCAGCCCAGGAUGUUGCCCAGUGGUAAGAGCUGGGCAUCACUGCCCUUCACCUCAAGCUGCGAGCUACAGGUGGAAAUAGGACCAAGACUCCUGGAGCUUGGUCCCAGUCAGUCCUCAGAGCUCUCACUCAUUCUGGAAUGAAGAUUGGGUGCAUUGAGGAUGUCACCCCCAUCCCCUCUGACAGCACUCGCAGAAGGGGUGGUAGCCGGGGUCGUCGUCUGUAAACCAUGGCUGGCUUUUGUUUCAUCAUUAAAUCUCUCAAAAGAAAAAAACAAA